AACACAUCGACAGCCCUCAGCCUACCUUAGAAUGCCACACGGUAUAUAGUCAAUGCCCUGUUCCCCUUACGCUUUGCUCAACAGACAGCAUGUUUCCAGUUCUUGACCUCAUACGCACACGAGAAAUCAACCGCCUGCGCGGACACCCUUCCCCUACCGUCGCCUGGCAUGCACUAGACAACGAUACGAUAUCAUUCCCCUUCUACGUAGUCUUCCUCAUGGUUCUGUUCGUCCUGAUAGUUCAGUUCGGUCGCCAUGCACUUUUCGUGCCGCCCUUCCCCUCAAUCCCGACAUGGAUCUCAAAGCGGCUCAGUGUCAGGCAACAGCCCGGAACCAAGACACAUCCUUUACACACCACGCCGAAUAUACCACCAGCUAUCCCCUCGGCACUGAAGUCGUUAACCUUCACGCUCACUCUACCCUCAGCACCCUCAAUACCAGCGUGGAUCGCGGAUUGGUUCAAGGAUCCCCUGACGAACAGGACGCAUGUUACACGUUUCACACAGCUCAACGACAGAUAUCGCGUUUCCGUCGAAAAAUUCGUAAAGAUCUCGCAUCGCUACAAGAGUCUGCAGGCCCAGCUCAAGGAACGUGAUGAACGACUGCACCGGCAGGGCUCCGCCCUUCACGCUACGACUGCGCAGCUCGAGGGCUUCCAGACGCAAGUUGAACAGCUGCGCGAGGACAGCCGGAGACUGUGCGCCGCGAACGAGCGCCUACACGCAGAGCAGGCGUUGCUAGAGCAACGGACGCUCGACCAAUUCUACGAGCACGCGCGCCAGCUGCACGAGCGUGAGCGUGAGCAGGAGGCCCUCGAGCGCGUGAUCGAUCUGCUCGAGCAGGACAAGGCGGCGUCUCAGGGCACACUCCAGGAGAUGUCUGCCUCAAAUGAGGCCCUGAUGGACAGGGUUGCUGAGCUUGAGCACGAGCUGACACACCAACAUGAAACGAGUUUCCACGCGGAGUCGGCGCUCGAAGAGGCCGUCAAGUGCAACGAGUCCUUACUUCAGGAGCUCCACGAUACACAGGUUAUUCAGGGCCGGCGGGAAGACGUCGUCAGCGAGCAAUUAGCCGCUGUCGAAGCAGACUGCCGUACUGCACUCGAGAAUGCCUGCAAGGAGAAUGAUGCACUGCGGAAGCAGCUCGCGCACCAGCAGGCGCAGCACGCGAGGGAGCGUGACCAGUGGGGUGCAAGGCUUGAGGCUCUUGAGGAGAAGCACCACGCCGCGAUGGAAGAGGCCCGCAAGGAGAACCUAGCCCUAAGGGAUGAGAUGGCAAAGCGGGAGCAGGAGCACCUCGCCCAGCAUGAGCUACUCACGGAGAAACUCGCACUUGCAAAGGCGGACAAGAGAGACGCGAAGGCCAAAUUGCGCAGGGUUCGGGAAGAGGUUCGACUCAAGGCUUCUGACAUUGCCCGGCUCGAGUCCCGGGCGGCCCAGUACGAACACCUCUAUGAACAGCAAUGCGACAGCUUCCAGCAGGACCUCCACUUUGUGCACGUCGAGACAUCUUAUCAACGCAACAUGUACGAGGAUAAGCUCGGCUCUGUGCAGGCCGAAUCCGCCGCGCUCCACAAGCAGCUCGCGGACUGCGUCAAGCGCUACGAGGAGCAGUCUGCACGGCUACGGGCGGCACAGGUCGGGCUCCGCGACGCGUCGCAUAUGCACCACCAGCUCGAACUCAAGCUCAAAGCGGCUGCCGCAGAGAAGGAGGUUGCGGCCGACCUCGAGAACUUGCUAAGCGACGCGCUGAAACGCGAGCAGGACAAAUUCGAGACGCUCGAGAUCAGCUUCGACGUCCUCGAAGGCGCGUAUAGCUUCCUCGCGCGCGAGCUCGUCCGCACGGAACACGCGCUCGAAGACGCCCUCCAGAUACAACAACAGCUCCGCGAGCGUGUCGCACCCCUGUACGACGAGCCCGAGAGCGUGUAUCCCGGCGAAGAUCUCCCAGAGCAAGAGCACUCCAGUCAAGAAUACACCAGUCGGGCCUACGUCUCGGGGCAACGUGCGGAGAGCGAGUCGCCGAUGUUGGGCUCAAUCUACUCAGAUGGCGACGCGAGCUCCUGGCCCGCAACGCCUGGGCUCGUGCGCAGUGCCCGCAACUCCACGACACCCUGCUCGAUGUACUCGGACGGCGAUGCCAGCCCGUGGCCUGCAACGCCGGGUCUCACGCGCAGCAUGCACAGCACAGGAACGUCCAUAACGUCUGUUUCGUCCCCGGUCGUGACAACGCCGCCCCUCCCGCCGCUCAUGCUCGAACCACUGCCGUCCUCGGACAGCGGUCUCGCGAAGCACCUCCCGCCAGCGGACAGCGACGACUUCUUUGGGCCGAUCUGGACCGUGGACGCGAUGCACCACAUCUCUCAGUAGUCCUGCCGCUAUCUCCCGUCGGCUUCAGGUGUAGCGCUGAGGCGCAACUGCUGCGUCACAUCCUGGUAGCGCACUAGUCACCAGUCACGCCUCUCUGGUACCAUUGGGCAUGUCCAGGAGGUGCGUGACGAGAGCAUCAAGCAGCCUACUUACUAGCAUACGUAAUGUAGCAUUAUAAUUUAGCUGCAACAUUGUACUUAUCUACACGGUUCAAGUAGUGUAUUAAGCGCGAUGUAUUCCUGUCUUGCAAAGUUUGCGUUUUUAUUAGACAUACUUAUCUCUAUGGAUAUUCACUGCUUUGCAGAACCCACACUACUUUCAGCUGCAAAUUUUAUUUCCAAACAGCGAUAAACCGUCACUUGUCACCAAGUUUCCAGAAACCUAUCAUCUGCCUGAUGUCAAUGUUUCCACUGACACCACUUUAAGACCAGGAAUGCCGUUUUCACCAGCUUCCACUGCGUAUUUUGAGCCACGGCAGACUCAAAAGGACCUCGGAGAUGCUGAAGAUCCGAUCAGUAAGCUCCCUG